AAAAUUCCAAUCUCGGGGUAUCACUUAAUAGAACCUCACUAUAUACCCAGUCCUUUUCCCAACUCAACUCGUUAACAAAUUCAGUAAGGAAUGUGAUUUUUUUUGAAACUUUUGUAACACGCUUCGAGAAAACCCGAACACGUCUCUAAAAUUAUAGUUUAGUUAUCUCAUCUCAUACGAAAUUGGCGGAUUAGCAGUAUCUGAUCACUCGCCCGAUUUGGAAAAUGGACGGCGAAAAGAAUGCGGUGAUUGAGUGCCAGUGCGAGAGCUACCCGGACAUGCACCUGAAGGGAAUGCUGCCGAAGCCGGAGCUCUGGACCACGGAUGUCCAGCGGAAGACUGUGUCCAGCAUGAAGGUGUUCACCACCAUAAUGCUGCACGCCUGGCGGCAGAGGCGCGAGGAGGUCCGUCACUUGCAGAAAGUUGUCCAAACCCUGCACACACGAUCCAUGAAGACUAGGAAUAAAUUACACGUUUGCGACACACUGAUACGAGUAGAACAGAAACGAAACAGUGAACUUCAACUACAACUGAAACAAUCCACCUUGGACAUCAACCAGGUCCGCACAUCCUGCGAAUCCCUUGCCUCGACCGUCCACGACCUCACCGCCGAUAAGAUGCAACUCCAGACGAACCUGCACCAGCGCGAAAAGGAAUACGCAGAGCUGGAGGAGAUUUCCAACCAGACCAAGAGGGAGCUCUUUGGCUCCCUGAUGCAGCAACGCAACCUGCAGCACGAGCUGUGCGACCGCCAGCGUGUCGCCCAGAAGCUGCAGAGCGAGAAUGAGCAGCUGAUCAGCGAGGUGGUCAUCAUGGAGGGCAAGGAGGCCAAGACCAAGAAGGCGCAGGAGUGGUAUCAGCGGGAAAUGGCCCGCAAGGACGAACUAAUUCGGACCAUGAACGGGGAGAUUGCUUCAUUAGUAGAGAAAGUGCGAACGUUGGCAGACCAAAAUCGUGAACUGGAAAAGCUACGGGAGGGAAAGGAAAAGAUAGAUGCCUUGGUCUCGGAACUCAGUGAGAAGAUCCAGUCGCUCCAAACCAACGUCCCGGCUCCAGCCUCUAGUUCCAGCUUCUUUAGUUUUCGGGAAUCGACGACCCCCAACGGCAGUCAAGUGGGGACGCAACAAAUGAUGUGCCCCUCAAGGUAUGAGAUUUGGACGAGGCUCCGCAACUCGGCGGCCAGGGUGUUCUACCUCUUCUGGUUUACCCUGCUGCCGGUAUGCCCCAUUUCGUACCCCCAUUAGAUUUACCAUGCUUUUAGUUAGGUAAUAAGAAGAACAUCAUUUUUAUUCGUCUAUUAAAAAAACUUUAUAAAAAGAAA